UUUGAUAGUAUGACCAAGUACGCUUGUUGUAGUUGCUGUGCACCCUUCUGGAAGAUUAGCAAUUGGUAGUGUCAAUGCGAUAUAAGUGCAAUAUAUAUAUACAACAUAAAAAAUUCGAGUUCAACGCAAUAUAUAUAUAUAUAAGCGCUCCCCUGUCUACCAUUCAACGCAAAACCCACCAACUCUCUUUCUUUCCAUCAAUGGCGAUCCAACUGCGCUCCACCAAAUCACUCAUCUUUCUCUUCCUCAUCUCUGCCGUUCCCAUCGCCUUCAUCAUCCCUUUGGAGCUCUCCAAGCCUCCCACACAUGUCUUCCACUACCACAGCUCCGGCUUCUUCCGCGAGUCCGCCAAAUGGGACGAUCUCAACCGUCGAUUCAUCGUCGGGUUCAUGGAGGGCGGAGUGGGCCAAAUCAAGGUCCCCGACGAUUACUCGCCCGGCACCGUUUUGGAUGAGGUCACCGUGGUCAAAGACGUUGACUUGGCCGGAAAUGCUUCUCUCGGUGUACUCGUUGACCGCCCGAGGAAUCGGCUCCUCGUGACCACCGGUGAUGUUAUUAAGGGACGGUAUGGUGCUCUGGCGGCUUAUGAUUUGUCGACGUGGCAGCGAUUGUUUCUCACCCAACUCAGCGGCCCGAGUGAGAAGACUUUGGCAGAUGAUGUUGCAGUUGAUGCAGAAGGUAAUGCUUAUGUUACUGAUGCCAGAACCAGCAAAAUUUGGAAGGUUGGGCCUAACGGCGAGUUCCUAAACACCAUCACAAAUCCACUCUUCAUAGUAAAAGAAUGGUACAGAAAUUUCAUGGCAGCACUAAAUGGAAUUGUUUAUCAUCCUGAUGGAUACUUGCUAGCCAUCCAUACCGGUAGUGGGAAUCUGUACAAGAUCGACAUUGCCAAAGGCAAUGAAGUGAAGUUAAUUCCGGUGAAUGGCUCGUUGAUAUUUGGAGAUGGUAUGGAGCUGCUUUCUCCAACUAAGCUUGUAGUUGCAGGAAACCCUACUGGGAGAUUGGUGGAGAGCUCGGAUGGGUGGGAAACAGCUUCUGUUGUGAGCAAGUUUAAAGGGCCUGCUCAUCGGCUUGCCACUGCAGUGACCGUGAAGGACGGGAAGGUUUACGUUAGUCACUUGCUCGGUAUGGGGUACCCUGCAAAGAAACAUGCCCUUGUUGAGGCAGUUUUUUCUACUUGAUCGAAGGGAAUACGGAGUUUGACACAUUACGUUCAUAAACUCGCAUAUUUGAUUGCGUUGUGCCGUUGACAUGAUAUGGGUGUGCUGCGUAUUUUUUGAGGAUAUUUUCAUCAGUUUUAUCUCGUUGAUGUUCUCUUAAACUUAUGUAGCCGACUCUAAAUUUUUGGAAUAAAGACUUUGAUAAUGAUCAGUUUUAUCAUUUAUGAAUGAAUGAAUUGUUGUUUGGAAUC